CCCAUCGUGAAGCAGGAACCCACCCAGCCCAGCGUCAGCCCCGGAGGCAACUCGAAAUCCCCCGUCACUGUGAAGAAGGAGGAGGAGAAGAAACCCCACAUCAAGAAGCCGCUCAACGCCUUCAUGUUGUACAUGAAGGAGAUGAGGGCCAAGGUGGUGGCCGAGUGCACGCUGAAGGAGAGUGCUGCCAUCAACCAGAUCCUGGGCAGGCGGGGCGCGGCGCGCGUCCCCCCCGCCACGCCUUGGGCCGCCCUGGCGUCCCCGGCCGCGCCGGCUGCCACCCACUCGGAACAGACGCAGCCCCUUUCCCUGGUCACCAAACCUGCUGACUAA